AUGGACCACAAGUUUCAUUUUUGGCAUCUAACUAAAGUAUGUUUAACAGGAGCUGUACAGAAGAGCCCGUCUCCCAAUGUGAAGGCCAAACAAGGAGAGACCUCAUCUCCCCUCAGCUGGACUAUGAAACGCUUCCUGGAGCCAGCAAGCCGGGGAUCUGUCAGCUCUGAGGCAGAGCUUUCCCAAUACUUCUCACACGAUGGGACGAGCCAGCUCCCUUUUUCUGAUACUGUAAUCAGCUCCUGCGACGAGGAGCAUCUCCGUCAGAGGAACAGAAACAGUUUGCUGGAUGACGGCUCUCUUCUUCCUGGCAACCUGACUGCUAGAGAAGCGGGAGUGACAAAAGCAAAUGGUCUGGCUUCUCCAACUAGUGGGAGAUCAUCCAUCCUUCACAACAAGCAUGUGGAGACUGUCCGACCUGGCAUCCUCAGCGACAGCCCUAAAUCUGCCCGCAGCCCCUUCCAUCGACAGAGGAGGGUUGUUUUCUACGACGGUGACGUUAGUGAUGAUGACGAAAGUUCCCACGCACAAAGAAGCCAGAAGGCCAAGAGCCAGGAGGACGCUGGCAUUGUCAUUACAACCUCUUCUGUAGAAAUAGAUGAUGAGAGCCAGGACAGUGAGUCACCUAGAUAUAGCAGCACAGAGACAUCUUCCCCUGUCUUCAGCAACUCUGGGGGGUCUGCAGACAGCACGCUGGAGCAAAUUGACUCUCCAUUCUUCCCCAUCAUAGCAUUCGAUUACUCAAGUGUGCCUGAAGUUCGUCUUGGCAGCCUGAGUUUGAAGGAGCUCCGGGAAGCACAACUUGAAUCUAAGAGGUCACCAAAACUUGAGCACAGAGCAGUCACGAGAGUGAAAAGCAUGAUGAGCACUGAGUGCCGAAGCCUUCAGAGACAGAGGAUGGAGGAGCAUGGCUCCUACAACAAACCUGUUGCGAGGGCACUCCCACACAGCAAGAAGUGUGAAGCACCCAACGAGACUGGGCAGGGCCAGGGUGAAGUCGUCACUCUGGUUCGUAAUGAGCACGAGUCAUUUGGCCUGGAUUUGGAAAUCCAGGCCAUGCCCUUAAAGGUGGUUGUCACAGGACUGCGGCCAGGAGGACCAGCAGAAAUGGGAUCAAUGGGCAAGAUGACUGUAGGGGACGAGAUUACCACCAUCAACAGUAUCCCAGUCAGCAAGAUGACGUACGAGGAAAUCUGCUUGCUUAUGCAGUGUCUUCCCACAUCCGUAACCCUGGAGAUCCAGAAAGCAGCACCAGCUGUCAGCAGAUUUACAAACGUCAUCCUGUCUCCAGGGGUAGACAGUCAAAAUCAGGCCGAUGUCAACAGCAUCCUCGCACCUUGGAGCGCUGGGAAGCGAGAAGGAGCCGGUUUGCAAAACGCCGGUGGCGGCUGUGCGGUGGAGAGAGCAACACUGCCACCUGAUGCCACCACAAGCAAAGACAUGCAAAGAGGGACCACGAAAAGCGGCCGCGCCGAGGACUGCGCUGCCAUCCCUGUCACGGAUAUCGAUGACUUGCUCAACCAAAUGGGUGCUCCUGAAAGCAGGGCUUCGCGCACCCCAUCACGAGCGGAAAGCCCCCUUCGAGAUGAGUACACCACCAUGUGCUGCUGUGGGACGGACGAGGGCUGUCCGGGUUCUGAGCCACGGUCAGCCAAGGAGGAGCCGCUGGAAAAAGCUAAGAAUUGUGGAGCAAAUGCACAAGGGGUUUUGGGGCUGUCUGUGUUGGACUCCAUUAACACAGGCAAACUUUUUACUGUGAAUAAAAACUCUUUAAGUAACUAUUCCAGAAAUUUUAGCAGUUUACAUGACGAUGAGUUACCUACAGCAAACUCUCUGGAAAAUAAGAGAAGUGACCCAUUUCCAAAGUCGAUGUAUGGGGCUGCAGAGGAUUCUCACUCGGACCCAGAGUCUGUCACAGAAACCUUUGAUAGUACUAAUGAGGUGUUAACUGGGAUGUGCACUGCUGCUAACAGCCCUGCGGUAUGUGCUGUAAUGGAGUCGGAUGAGGAGCAAAUUGAGAUUUGUUGCAUGAAUGAUGAGCCUCAAAAGCCCUCUCAGGAGCAGCAUCUCACAUCUGCAACAAGCUCAUCCUCUCUGUCCCCACUGCACCCUUACGGAGGCAAAGCUUUGCAAACUGAGGGCUGUGCAAUGUGUGGGUCACUAGAGGCAAGCAUCAGCAAACUAAGCUUGGAAGAUCACAGUGGUCCCACUCCGUGUCCGUCACAGUGUUCGGAUGUGUCCUCUGCAUCCUUGUGUUCUCCUUCCUCAGCUUGCCUGCCAGAAAAGGACAUCGUACAUAAUUCAGUCGAUAUCCCUGAAGUUUACUCUUUCUGUAACAAUGGUGCCUUAAGUACAGAAGAACAGAUGGGUUUGGGGAACAGUAAUGGACCUAUGAAAUGCUGUGAAUCCAUUGAAGAAGAUGGGUCUCCACACUGCAAAAAGAUAAGCUUUUGCUCUGCUAAAAGUGUCAAUGAUGUGGAGAACAGCUUGCUUGAGAAAGAGGGAUGUAAUGAUGAGCAGAGAUCCAAAUCUGAAAGUGAAACAGGGGUUGAUGACUGUAAUCAUGCUGUUAGUUAUUGCUUAGUGAAGAAAGAAACCAGCAGCUUGUCCAACUUGUCUAAAACAGACAACAAUCAUGUGAAUGCAUCAUCACCAAGAGCAAUAUCACUCAGGUCUCCCUUUCCCACUAGAUCUAAAGAUCCAAAGGCUAACACAACUCAUGACUUGCCAGGGAAAAAUGAGAAAAAUAAUUCUGUGACUUCAGGAAGGACUUCAAAUGGAAAAGUCCAAAGCUCAGGCACAAAUCACUGCAAAGGAGCUGCAGUACCGCACAGCCCAUCCUCACAGAAAAAAUCCUGUCAGGAGUCUAAGGGAAUGGCACAAAAAUGUAUAAUGGAUACCCUUUUAAAUAAUCAGAAGACCAAAGCAGGACCAAAGCUAAAAGGGUUCACCAUCAAAAGCAAAUCAAAGGCAAAUUCAGAUUCUUCUGGCAUUAAUCCUACCAAAGUCAGUGGGGCUGAUCAGAAAAGGAUUUCUCUUUCUCCACAGCUGUCCCCUAAACUCCUGGGAAAGAAAACACCAUUGUCCCGUAAUUCACCUACAAACCCAGAUCCUGGCAAGAGCAUUUCAGCAGCCUCAAAGAUUCUGAAGUCAGAGCUAGAAAAUAAACCAUUGCUAGUCAUUUCUGAAGAUUCACUUCUACCUCUCCUGAAUGGCACUGGCAGCCCAACAGCAAGCAGUGAGAUGAAGUGUGGCUGUGGGGAGCUAACAGAUGUGCAGCAGGCAUGGGAAAAGCCAAAAGAAAAGCAAGUUUCCAUGCAGCCUGCAGUGUGUCAGGAUAAGGUUGCUAAGGUGGAUGAUUUCAGAGCCAGAGAUUGUCAGUCCAAAGUCACUUCAUCUCCUCAGGGGAUACCAGAAGUUGAGUAUGUGAAAGGGACAACUGAGAACCAUGGAACAGGCUUGAACUCAAUCAAGAGCAUUUAUAGUGCAGAUGACCUUAGACAGUUAGAUCUGAAAAACAUAGAACCAUCUGUUGGAGGUUCCUCUUCGCAGCAGGAGCAGCUGGAAGGGCAGGAGAUCCAGCGCACUUUCAUAGAGGUGAAGCUUUCCUCCUCAUCAUCCUCUUCCUCCUCCUCCUCUGCCUCUUCCUCACCAGCAUCAUUUUUGCAGCUGCCAUUGCUGGAAAAAACAGAAGAGGCAAAUGCAGAAGUGCCUCGGCUGACUGAGGAGAUGAGGACCACGCAGUAUUUCUCGAAAGUGGAUACCUCUGGAGACAGAAAUCUCUAUGGCUUGUCGAAACCUGUGACAAGGACUUACUCGAUGCCAGCACAGUUAUCUGGUCACUUGAGGGAGGACUGCCAUGUUGCAGAAGUUCAUCCUGUGCAGGGACCCCAGGGCCAUGCUGCAGAGGAGAAAUACCCCCAGGCGGCAAUGGGGAUGUUAAAGAUGGUCCAUCUCAACCUGCCAAAUGGCCAGAGUGGGAAGGAACAGGCAUAUGCCUCCAAAAGCACCCAGAGGGUCCAUGACAUAUCCCCUUCAGCCAGUGACAUUAGCUGCCCUCCCACUGAGAAACUGAGGAGCUUCAGGAGAAAUUACUAUUACUAUGAGCUGAACUGGCCACAUGAACCUACCUCAUCCUUCUCCGUCAAACAGAGGAUCAAGUCCUUUGAAAACCUGGCAAAUUUCGACCGGCCCAUUGUGAAGGCCAUUGAUAUACACUCAGCUGCAAGGUCCCCCCUCGCCAGGAGGUCGUGUGGUGGGAUGGUGGCCGCAGCCAGCCCUGCCGAAACGCCGCGGGCCUUACGGCGCAGCUUGAGCUCUUACGGUGGCAGCCCAAGCCCGGCCAAUGCCAUGGCUAAGUCUCCCCCAAGCACAGAGCCUGUGCGUGUGGUGGAGAAUGGUGAGGGGGAGGGAAAGCUGCAGAGGAGUGAGGAGGGCAGCGCUGGGGCAGAGGCGGGCUGUGGAGAAGGCUUCUCAGGGCUGCCGCAGCCUGCCUGCUUCAAGACAGAGCUGGAAAUCACACCCCGCAGAGUCUUUGGCUCACCUGCCCAGAGCAGCACAGCCCCACCGGCCCACUGCAGCCCCGCUGAGGCAGGUGUGAUGGGGAUGGGUGCCAGCAGCCCUCGGGACAGUGGCUCAGGAACACCGGGGUCUGCCUCAGAUGAUGACGUGGCCCAUAGCAGCUCUCCAGAUGGGGAGCACUCAGAAAACAGCUGGUCCAUCAGCUUGGAUCAGCUGCUCGUCUCAAGCCUGGACCAGCAAAAACUGCAAUCUGUUUUGUCAGCAGUAGUUCCAAAAUGUGACAGUGCUGCUAUGCUCCGAGAAGUCAAAGCACAAGUAAAGAGCAAAGAAGACACAUACUUUGUAGUCUUGCACAAAGAAGAAGGAGCUGGCCUGGGAUUUAGUGUUGCUGGAGGAAUAGAUCUGGAACAGAAAUCAGUCACAGUCCACAGAGUGUUUUCAAAGGGAGUGGCGUCUCAAGAAGGGACUAUUCAUCGAGGAGAUCUUGUUCUGUCAAUCAAUGGAAAGUCUCUCGCAAGCUCUGUCCAUGGGGAUGUCUUGAAUGCUCUUCAUCAGGCUCGACUAUACAAAUAUGCGGUCGUUGUCAUCCAGAAGGAAAAAUACAAAGCAAACAAUUCCUCCAGACUUGAGAUAUCAGCUACUGGCAGAAAAUGCGUGAGGUCUGGAAAGGAUGUUUCCAUGGAAAUAGUAACAGAUCCAAACCUGGAUAUGAAUGAUGUCAUCUGCGUUGAAUUAUUGAAAACCUCUGCUGGCUUGGGAUUCAGUCUUGAUGGUGGAAAAGCUUCCAUUGCUGGAGACAGGCCCUUGCUUGUAAAAAGAGUAUUUAAAGGUGGUGCUGCAGAGCAAUCUGGAAACAUAGAAACAGGAGAUGAAAUUCUUGCCGUUAGUGGAAAAUCAUUACUUGGCCUCAUGCAUUACGAUGCCUGGAACAUCAUUAAAUCUGUGCCAGAGGGCCCUGUUCAGUUACUAAUCAGAAAACGCAGAACUUCGGUAUGA